AUGCAAGAACCUUGUCUCAUUGAAUCAUGUCUUGGAUAUGUUCCAGCAGGUGGCGACGGUCUGAUUGUUGUUAAAGUCGAGGCUGAAGAAGAUCCGUAUAUAAGGGGUGAUGAGCCGUGUAAGGAGGAGGAAAUCCCUCCCGAGAUCAGCUCAGGUUCAUUCACAGGAGUGGAGAUCGAUGAACAGACAUUCACUGGUCUCCCUCUCAUCUCGCCACCGUCAUCCGCCAUGGCUGUCUUUGUGGAAGUGAAAGUGGAAGCGGAAGAUCAACAUAAGGAGGAGGAGAUCCCUCCAGAGAUCAGUUCAGAUGGACAGCACAGGAGGGGUGACAUGGAGCAACAGCCCGCUUCUUCUCCAGAUGGCGAGGUGGAAGAGGACGACAUCGGGGCUGACUGCCCAGAAGAGAAGCACGUUACAGCACAUGUCAAGCAGGGGAAGCGGAGGGUCAGGAAGCCGGUUUCGUGCCCCGAAUGCGGCAAAUGGUUCACCCAGAAGUCCAGCCUUGUCCAACACCAGAGGAUGCACUCAGGGGAGAAGCCCUUCGCGUGGCCGGAAUGCGGAAGGUGCUUCACGCUGAAGUCAUCGCUGGUCAAGCAUCAGGUGAUCCACACGGGGGAGAAGCCAUACGCCUGCUCGGACUGCGGCAAGCGCUUCCGCCAGAAGCUGUCGCUGAUGAAACACCAGCAUAUGUUCAUGCGGGAGAAGCCAUACUCCUGCUCGGAGUGCGGCAAGUGCUUUGCGGCCAAGUCGACCUUGGUCACCCACCAGAGGACUCACACGGGAGAGAGGCCGUUCUCCUGUUCCGAGUGCGGGAAGUCCUUCACUCAGAAAGCCCUGCUCAUUAAACACAAGAGGACUCACACGGACGAGAAGCCGUACCCGUGCCUCGAAUGCGGGAGGAGCUUCGCCCAAAAGUCACACCUUGACCAGCACCGGACCAUCCACACCGGAGAGAAGCCCUUCUCCUGCUUGGAGUGUGGGAAAUCCUUUGUCCAGAAGUCUCGUCUGGUUGGCCACCACAGGAGGCACUUGGGGGAGAGGCCAUAUGCCUGCCCCGAGUGCCAGAAGAGCUUCGCCGACAGGUCGUCUCUGGCCGAGCACCGGAAGGUCCACACGGACCAGCACCUGCUCACCUGCCCGGACUGCGGCAAGCGCUUUUCCCACAAGGCCAACCUUUUCCGCCAUCGGAGGAUCCACUCAGGCGAGAAGCCGUUCUCCUGCUCCGACUGCGGCAAACGCUUCACGCAGAAGUCUCAGCUCGUCAACCACCUGAGGAUUCAUGCCAAUCGGCAGCUGUUUGCCUGCUCUGAGUGUGGCAAAGGAUUUUUAUCACACUCCUCCCUCGAGUGCCAUCAGAAAAGCCACAGUGGGGACAGCUUAUAUUCAUGUACUGAGUGUGGGAAACUUUUCACCUGGAGAACCUCCCUUCUUAAACACCAGAAAGGUCAUGGCACUUCUAAAGAGGGAGACAUUUUACACAGUGGAGCUGACUUGUAA